UUCACCCAGCAACUUUAUCCUCCUUCUUUCUAUCCUGACGCCUUUUCUCUACCAAGCCAUGGAUGUCUUCUCCCCAUCCCAGCUCUACUACGACAGAGCUUGUGCUUCCUCUCCAGACAGCCUGGAGUUUGGCACCAGCAUGGAGCUCACAGGCUCCGAGGAGGACGAGCACGUCCGAGUGCCCGGUGCCCCUCACCAGCCUGGACACUGCCUCCAGUGGGCCUGCAAGGCCUGCAAACGCAAAUCCAGCUUUGUGGACCGCCGGCGGGCCGCCACCAUGCGGGAGCGCCGACGGCUGAAGAAAGUGAACCAUGCUUUUGAGGCUUUGAGGCGCUGCACCUCAGCCAACCCCAGCCAGCGCCUGCCCAAGGUGGAGAUCCUGCGCAACGCCAUCCAGUACAUUGAGAGCCUGCAGGAACUGCUGCGGGAGCAGGUGGAGAGCUUUUACGGCCUACCUGGAGAGAGCAGCUCCGAGCCAGGCAGCCCAUUGUCCAGCUGCUCUGACAGUAUGGCUGGAAGCAACAGUCCAGUGUGGCAACACCUGAAUGCAAACUACCGUAAUGGCUUUUCAUUUGCAAAGAAUGACGGUUUGGAUGACAAAGCCCUCGGCGCCUCCAGUUUGGAGUGUCUGUCUAGCAUCGUGGACCGCCUGUCUUCGGCAGAGUCUGGCUGUGGACCGGCCUCUCUGAGGGACCUGCCCACCUUCUCCCCCGGCAGCUCCGAGUCCCAGCCCAGUACGCCGGAGAGCCCGGGUUCCAGGCCCGUCUACCAUGUCCUGUGAAGGAAAACCCAUGCUUUGAUGUGGAUAGAUUGCUGCGGGGGCACAACAGUUUCUUCAGACACCAGCUGCUCUUGCGACAAAAUGAUAGUAAGAAGAAGUUUUUGUGCAAAGCGAAUAAGGACAGCAAAGUCUGAGGAGCCUUGGCAAAUAUCCUUCAUUCUUUGAAUGAUAUUUUGUAAAUAUGUAAUAUAACGCCAAUUUAUUCUACAUGAGCUUUUAUACCCAAUGUGACAUAUUUAAUGUAAUGCAUUACUCAGUUUUAAAAUAUUUAAAAUGUUGUGUUAUUUCCGUCCAUGUUGUUGUGUUUAUUAAACUUUAUGUUUUAACGUUCUGAGGGCUUUAAGUUUUCUAUGACUUAUGUAUUCAUGUGCAGCAAUAUUUCCAGAAAGGCAGAAGCACAUUUAUAGUUUUCAUCUUUAUAUUUGUGUGAUUAUCACUCCCCA